AUGACAUACGUUGACAGCAUGAUGGGUAAUGUGCGGGGGAUGUUUCGAAGGGCGGACGAGGAUACGGAGGACGAAGGGGGAUUGCAAGAUGAUGGGGGGUUUAAUGGGACGUCGAGCCUGAGUUCGAGCAUUGGGCCGUCGUCGAGUUCGGGAGACGAUGGGCCCACUGGCGGGUCGAGUUUGACGAGCGACAAUUCGGAGACGAUGGGGCCUACGAGUGAUGGGAGUGAUAGCAUGAGUGGGACAGUAAGUGAGACGAGCGGUCCAACUAGUGGCCCAACAAGUGCCACUAGUUCGGAUAUUACGAGUGAAAGUUCUAGUGCGAGUUCUAGUGAGAGCCCGAGUAGUUCGUCGAGUUCUGACACUUCGAGUUCUGAAACUUUUAGUUCUAGUUCUAGUUCUAGCUCUGGUUCUAGUUCUUCUAGUUCUUCGAGUUUUAGCUCGCUGAAUUCCAGUUCUGUUAGAUCCAGCUCGUCGGGCUCCAGUACUAGAUCUUUUAGCUCGUCGAGUGAUCCCAGUUCGUCGAGUGAUCCUAGUUCGUCGAGUGAUCCUAGUUCGUCGAGUUUUAGCUCAUGGAGCUCCAGUUCCUCAGCCUCGCCGAGCUCGAGUUUUUUGACAUCGAGUUCGAUCCCCGUCUCGUCGAGUGAAUCCAGCUCGUCGCUGUCUUCAUCGCAGUCAUCAUCACAAGAACCUUCCAGCCUGUCUGAGAUUUCGUCUACGUCGUCGUCUUCUUCGCCUUCAAGCACUCCAAGCCAGGCGUCGCGGACAUCGCAUUCGGAAUCAUCCACUCGGGCCAGUUCUUCAAGGAGCUCCUCCUCCCACACACAAUCAUCAUCUUCCCCUUCAUCAUCAUCUGACAGAACAUCAUCUCAUGUAGCACCUACGUCAUCACUGUCGUUCUCCUCAUACUACACAACUAUCGAAGAUUCCGACACCACAGUCACUUCAUUGGUCACAGUGCCCACGUCGGCGGCAAACGAUCUGACUAACGCCUCCGGCUCCACGUCGGAAAAGAACGCUAAAUUGAUUGGUGGUUUGGUCGGCUCCAUUGGGGGCACUAUUGUCAUUGGACUCCUUGUUGCAUUAUUCUUAUUUUUGAAGAAAAGAAAGAAGGUCACAAAUCAAUCACCAGACUUCAACGAUAAUACUUCUGGUGAUUCGGAUUCUUAUAAAGACAAGUCGGGGUUCAAAAAAUUAUUCUCAUCUAAGCAUACUAAUACCUACGGUGGUGUUGCUGGCGUGACGGAUAUCGAAAGACAGAACGACACUCCUGCAAUCCAGGCUGACGAUGAGAGUAAUGAAGAAAGCGAUGACUUCGUAUAUCGUGGUGUCACGAACAACAAUAACCUCGACAGUGUCUUCAGGUCAACCGCAUCCAACUCAUCGGGCCAGAAUACGGCCAUGGGCGGCAGUGCAAAUCAGAGUGCAAACCAGAGUGCCAACCACACUCGUAUGAAUUCAAUCGGCCACGCAUUGGACAUACCUUAUGAGACUCGAGAGUCUGAAGAGCAUGAUCCUUUUGCGAGCCAUAAUCGAAUAAACUCAGACGAGACGGACAAUUUCAGUCCGUCUGACUAUGACAUUGAUCAGAAUGACUUGGUUCCUGCUGAUCGGAGAAAUAUCUUUGGCGAGGAAAGUCAUAGUAAUAAUUCUCGGUCCAGAUUCCAUGAGGAAAUUAUUUGA